CCGCAAGCAAAGAGAAAGAUGCGAAAGCGAAACCCAUGGCUUAAGCACUAAACGUCUAAAACGAAACAACAAUUGAAAUUGCAGGCUCUGAACUUCUACGUCUCCUCGGCUUUCUUCAGUCUCUCGCUCGCUACCCCAUUUCAGUCUCGUAGUUGCUUCAAUCCUAACUGCGCAAGCUUCUGUGAAGAUGGGGAAGAGAAAGAAGUCUAGGGUUUCGCGCGAAGAAGAGGAAGUCGAAAUGGAAGAAGAACGGCUGGAGGAGGAGGAGGAUGAGCAUCAAGAUGAUACGGAGAUGGCCGAUAAGUCCUCCGGCGACGAGCAGAGCCUCUACGAGGUUCUUGGUGUACAGAAGACAGCAUCCCAGCAAGAGAUAAAGAAAGCAUACCAUAAAUUGGCUUUAAGACUCCAUCCAGAUAAAAAUCCUGGUGAUGAGGAGGCAAAAGAGAAGUUUCAGCAACUACAAAAGGUGAUAUCAAUCCUUGGGGAUGAGGAAAAACGUGCACUUUAUGACCAAACUGGUUGCGUCGAUGAUGCAGACCUUGCAGGAGAUGUUGUCCAGAACUUGAGGGAAUUUUUCAGAGCUAUGUACAACAAGGUUACUGAAGCUGAUAUUGAGGAGUUUCAAGCAAAUUACAGAGGAUCCGAUUCAGAGAAAAAUGAUCUGAUUGACCUUUAUAAGCAGUGCAAGGGUAAUAUGAACAGGCUCUUCUGUUCAAUGCUCUGCUCUGAACCUAAGCUUGAUUCUCACCGUUUCAAAGACAUUCUGGAUGAGGCAAUAUCUGCAGGAGAACUGAAAGCCACGAAGGCCUACGAAAAAUGGGCAAAGAAGAUCUCUCGAAUGAAACCGCCUACAAGUCCCCUGAGAAGAAGGGGGAAGUCAUCAACUGAAGGGUCAGAAAGCAAUCUACUUGCGGUUAUAUCCCAGCGGCAAAGCCAGAGGAAAGAUCGAUUCGACUCUAUGUUCUCUUCUCUUGUCUCCAAAUAUGGUGGGGGUAGCGGCCCUAGUACACCAUCGGAACCUACAGAUGAAGAAUUUGAAGCCACAAGGAAGAAACUUGAAAGCAGAAGGGCAUCCAAGAAGGCUGGGAGAAAGUAGUAGGACCAUGAUGUAGGAUGAUUUAAGUUUGGCUUAAACCAUUCAGAUUGUCAUACAGAUAUUGCUUAGUCAUGUUAAUUCCCAUAUCAGAUGCCUUCGAGAUGAUAACAUUAUGCUCAUUAUUGGUUCGAACCUUGAGGCUACCAAUAUCAAACACACUUAUGAUUAUCGGGAUGGAUUCUUAUCCCUAAUAAUAGGUGGUUGUAAUAUUAUUGUCAUCAUUCAUCACCUUGAAGUUUUGUGCCUAAUUAUUAGAAAUUAGGAAUUUGGUGAUCA